UUCCUCUAAUUUUAGGAAAUCAAACUCCUCCUACUUCUUAAUCUCUACUUAAUUCUUCUUCUUCUCUCCAAUUCCAAAAAAUAAUAAUAAUAAUAAUAAUAAACCCAACCCAACAAACAUGGCUUCUGAUCUCUCCGUCAUCCUCCCUCGCGUUCUCAUCGUCUCUAGACGUACCCUUCGCAAGAACAAGUUCGUAGAUUUUGUGGGUGAAUACCAUCUUGAUCUCAUAGUAGGCUAUGGAGCAGUGCCAGUGAUUGUGCCCCGUGUCAAUGGGGUCCACAUGUUACUGGACAGCUUCGAGCCCAUCCAUGGAGUUCUGCUCUGUGAAGGAGAAGACAUCGACCCAUCGCUGUAUGAAACAGAGGUGGAUGUUUCAGGCCUUUCACCAGAAGAAUUGGAAGAAAUCAGGAGGCUUCAUGCAAGUGACACAGCCAUUGACAAAGAAAAAGACUCCAUUGAAAUGAGGCUGGCCAAGCUUUGCCUUGAAAGGAACAUACCCUACUUGGGCAUUUGCAGAGGCUCACAAGUCUUGAAUGUGGCAUGCGGAGGUACCCUUUACCAGGACAUAGAGAAAGAGCUCUCGAAAAAACACAAUGAAAAUUAUGAGUUAAAGCCUCAAAAUGGGGUUCAAGUUCGACAUAUUAAUUAUGAUGAUUAUGAUGGGCACAGGCAUGUAGUGCAGGUGGUGGAGGAGACCCCUUUGCAUCAAUGGUUUAAGGAGUCUAUGGAGAAAGAGGGGAAGAUGGAGAUUCGGGUUAAUAGUUAUCACCAUCAGGGUGUUAAGAAAUUGGCUCAGAGGUUUGUGCCAAUGGCAUUUGCACCAGAUGGUUUGAUUGAAGGGUUUUAUGAUCCAGAUGCUUAUAAUCCUGAGGAAGGUAAGUUUAUAAUGGGGCUACAAUUUCAUCCAGAAAGAAUGAGGAGGCCAGAUUCAGAUGAAUUUGAUUACCCUGGUUGCCCAUCUGCUUAUCAGGAAUUUGUGAAGGCAGCAAUUGCUUACAAGAACAAGGUUAAUAGCUCAACUUCAGUGCCACAACCUUUGAAGCUUGAUGGUGAAAUGGAGAUGAAGAGAAAGAAAAUUGUCAGAAGUUUCUCAAUUGCAAGAAUCAUAUACAGUGGAGGCCUAGGAAGUGGUUUGCAACCAAUCAAGGAAUCUGAACUUGAAGCUGGAGCAGAAUUCCUUGAGUCAAACACAGUAUUGAGCUUACAGCAGGAGAAUAGGCUAAAGCAAAUGGGUGCCACAGUGAGAAAUGCAGGGUCCUACAUAGAGAGAUUGAAAUUGAAUGAGGAGAGAGAAAGGUUGGCAAGGAAUGUGAUGGGGAAAAUGUCAGUUGAGCAAUUGUCUGAUCUGUCGGCUUUCUACCAUAUGAUGGGGCAAAUCUGUUCUGAAGUCUUGGAAAGAAAGCUUCAAUGGGAUUGUCAAUGAUAUUGGUUCUUGACCAUUUCAUCCCCUGUUUUUUAGCUGAAUAUAUUUCAUGCUUUGAGGUCAAAAGGGUAGCUAGCUGCUGCUUUGUGCUGAACUCACAUGAAUCUUGGAUGAUGGGCUCAUGUCUAUAUCUCCUUUUUACUUGUCUCUCUUGUUUCCUGUUACUUACCCUGAAAAGUUCACUAUUUUUUUUCCCUGUUGAAUAUGAAAUAAAGUGUGUAAAUUUAUGCGUGCAUAAGACCUUUACAACCA